UUGUUUUCUGUUUUCUGUUUUCGAUAUGAUUUAUUUUUAGACAGCCUCAGACAUGUAGCAAUUUCGUUUCAAAAACCAACCUCAAAUUGGGCGGAAUUAACUACAACGUCAUUCCUGAAGCUUUCGCGUGGGAAAAAUCGAUGGAUUGCUGGUGGUACAACGCUUGUGGUAGGUUACGACGUAACUCAUCCUGGAAAACCUUCGAGAGAUGAAGUUAUGAAUCAUAUGCCUCCAGAGAAACCCAGUAUUGUUGGUGUAAGUUGGCUCUCUGAAUUUUUUUUGUCUAGCUAUGCCGCCCGUUUAGGUAUCUUUCAAUGGCGCAGCCCAUCCCGAAUCGUUUAUCGGAGAUUAUCAUUUCCAGACUCCGCGUCAGGAAAGAGUGAGCUGCAAGUCGACGGUGCUCUGUUGAACGCCAGAUUCAAAUGGAUGCUUGACUUGUUCAUAAAGAAUCGAGGAGUUUGGCCCGAAAGAAUUAUCAUCACUCGCGAUGGAGGGCAAUAUCGCAUGGUGGGUAAUACUUUUGGUGUUUGGACGGUCUGCGACGGAAAUGUAUGGUUCAAGGUGGUGGAAGAUGAGUUGGGCGCUAUAAAAGAGGCAUGUGAGGAAUUUGGGAAUCUGCAUGGCCGGGAGUCGUGGAUCCCUCCGUUCACCGUGAUUGUGGCGACAAAACGACAUCAUGCGCGAUUCUUCAAGGAACACCAUGGAGUUGUUGACAAUCCCUUGCCUGCAACAGUAGUGGACACGGAUGUCGUUAGAAACGACAUAACCGAAUUUUUUAUGCAAAGUCACCGCCCUGUG